UACUUUAAAAUAAGUUUGCUCUUCUUAUUCCUACAGUAAAUUGUUUACAAUUUGUAUGAUAAAUAGUGUUGAAUUUUUAGGAAAAUGAAAUAUACUGUGGUGAAAUCAUUAAGACAAAAUACAGAAUCCAGUUUCUGAACUUGGUAUGGACAGUCUAAUUUCCAUCCUCCUAUUGAAACACUUUCAUUGAAAAAAAUCCGACUACUUUGAAGAAAAUAGCUUGAAUUGUAGCAUCUGCUUUAAAACACAUUUGGCUAUAUAAUGUUGUGCUUUCUGUGAAAAUAUGCAGUGAAUAUGCAGUGAAAAUAGUUCACUGUAAAUAUGCAGUGAAAAUAGUUAAAUCCCCAGUCAGCCUGAAAAUUAGUAUGCACUUUGUUAACUUAAGCAACAUUGUGCUGUUGAUCACAAAUUUGCAGUAUUUUAUUCAAUAUCAGCCAUCUCUGUUUCUCAGAUAUGUUUCAUGAUCAAAGAAGGUUAACUUCUACUUUCAUUUAUUGAUAGAAAGUCAUUCUAGAAUAGGUAACUUUCAGCUUGCUGAUUGUCCUAUAAAACCAUGAAUAGUAUAUUGAUGGGUCACCUCCCAUUGUAGUCUUGAGAUUAAUAAAGCCAUCUCUGUACUUGAUUUGAUAGCAAGAUCCCAUCCUUGAAUGUUGCUUCUUGAAUCCCAUCUCAAGAUUAUUUAUUUAUUUAUUCAAAUUAAUCAUCCCAAAAUGUUUUGGAUUAAACUACACAAAUUGUUAUAUAAGUGGCCUACAGCUGACUCUCCCUUUAUUUUACUGUAAAGUACAUGUGUAGAUAAAGAGGGUUUAAACUUUCCUCCACCAUGUUUUCUGAAAUUCCCUUCCCCUUGCUGCCUCAUGUGGCCCCAAAGGCUGAGGUACUGCAUCCUUGUCCUAAGUGCUUGAGCACUUUUCUAAUGUGUUAUAAGACUUUAUUAUUAGGUCUCCUUGUUUUAAAGGCUUAAGCUUUGGAUUAUUGAAGUUUUAAUAUCUAGCUAAGUGGCUGAAAAUAAGCAAGAUUUUAAACAAAUAUUUUAUAUGUCUUUGCAUUCUUGUUUUCUGCCCCACGAUUUUGGAAUAUAGUGAAUUAUAUUUGUAGAAAAGAAAAAUGGUCAAGGAUAAAAUAAUAAAAAUAGUUGAUAAUUAGUGAGUUUUUGUAGAAGGAAGAUUUUUGAAGAGAAUUAAGACCAGUAUUGGUUGUUAUGAAUGGUGGACAUAGACUCACACAAUUAUACUUAAGAGUUCUGUUUUUGUUGCUAAUAAUUAAUAUAUGAGUAGUUGUGAGAAGUAGUUUAAAGAAAGCCAGUGAGGAAGGGGGCUGCAAUUGAGUAUUCAAUCUUUUCACUGAAAAUGCUUAGAGGCUAUUAAAACCCAUAGAAAUUCCAAAAACAAAACAACAGUGUUGCAGAACUGUGAACAUUCAGAUAUCAGCAUGUUCAAUAUGAUUUUCUCUUUUGGUGAAUUUGAAGGCUGUCCAUGUUCUUGAACAUAAUUUUUCCAGCAUAACAUUCCAAUUUGGAAUUAGAACUGUGAAGUUCUGACUGCUGUGAAGAAAUUUCAGAUGGACAAAGGAUUGUUUCUUUUGAGUGAGAACUAACAAAUACUUUCAUUUAAGUUUGGAAUGCUAACCAAGGCAAUGUGAAUGUCCUAUCUAGUCUUCAGUCCUGGAAGGACUUUGAAACUCUUCUGCAUUUCUUUUGACACCAGCAAUUAAAUAUAUGAAGUUCAUCUGUUUCUAUUUUCUUACUACUUUCUUCAGUCUCCAACCUGCCUUUAAAAAAAGCAGUGCAGUUUUGUUAAAGCUACAGAAGACUAAUGAUUUCUUUCCACCUGAUAAGAAACAUCUGCCUUUGUAGCAUUUCUAAUUGGAGGUUAAGAUGCCAUACUGCUAUUUGGCAGUGCUAUUGGAUUUCUCCCCUUCUCUUCAAUUUCUUGUCACUUUUUGUUCUGAAACUUAUAAAUCUAGACUUGAUCAUAUAGUAAUGUGUGGAUAGGUAGGUAGCACUGCCUUUGGGCAGCUGUUGGACCAAGGUGCUCUUCCCUUCUCUCUACGAACACCUCAGAAGCCUAUGAACACCUGAAGUCAAUAAAGCAAUUCUAAAGCACACACUUUACAGCUGAAUGCUUCUCUUGCUAGAAAUGCUUACAUUGGACAUAAUUGCCAGAUGCUGUAUGCAAGCUGUGCAAAUAUCUGAUACAUCUGUCAGUUAAAUGUUACAUGGUGACUUUAUUUCUGUUUAUUAUUGUUCUGUCCUUGCUUAACCCUUACAUAACUGUUGCACAAAUGAAAAUACUUUUGAACUUUAUGGCUGGCAUAUCAGCUAAAUCUUCUUGGAGAUUCCUUGAGCUGACUUCUUUGUAUAAUCCAUUUUCUGUUCCAUUAAUGGCCAAUUGCUAUGACAAAGUAAGGCUUCUGUGGUAGAUUGUAUUCCUCCUUCAUUAUAUCACAAGGCUGCUUCUUCUGAAUGAAGUGAAGAACAUUUACCUUUUUAACUUAGGUUUCCUUGCAAUUGUAAUUUAUACUAUCUUGUUAAAAUCAAAGUAACUGGAAGAUAAUUUUGACAAAGGAUUAUGAGCACUGAACUCCUUCCUUGCAAUUUUCAUUCCAUGUGAUUGUUUUCUCAUCAGUUACUUUUAUCAACAUCAAAGGUGAAGAUUUCCAGUGAAGUACUCAGGAUUUUUAAUUAUUUCAGGAGCUGGUCCAAGACUGCAGAAAUUUCAGGAGAAUGACGCUUCAAAAAAUAUGUCAAAACCAGCAUAAUAACUGUGACCUGUGGGAGACAGGCAGAUCUUUACCUUCUGUCUGUGAUAGCCAGAGAGUUGGGAUAUAAUAACAGGGUUCCAGGAACAACAUUCUUCUAAGAAGUUGAUUAAUAUAAGACUUUGUCUUAUGUUACUGCAGCCACAUGGCACAAUCAUUGCCAUGAAAUAUCAAAACAUCAGUAUAAAUACAUUUUAACCAUUGGUAUGGAUUUAUUGCUGAAGGCUGGACAUGAAGGAAUGUGAUGGAGAAAAGAAUGAUUUGUAACAAUGGAAAUGUUGGCCUGCUGUUGUACACCUUGAAUUAAAGGGAUCAUCAGACCAACAAGACCUCCACAAGUAUGCAAUAAGUGGAAAGAUUUCAGCAUAAAUUAAUAUAUGAUGUUUACUUUUCCUGGUCAUUUUCAAAUGGUGAAGAUUGCAGAAGCUUUUAAGGGAUGCUUUUGGUAACAUAACUUCCACGUAAGUACAAUUAUGAACAUGAGAAGAUAGAUAGUACUUGGCACUGAGAUAGCUGAGAAACUUGGUUGCAUAUGAAUUCUCAAAGGAUAUUGCCUUUAUUGGGGUAUUUGAAUGUUUGGAAUGGCAUCUUCCUUGUUUUAUUGUUCUCAUACUCCCAGCAUUAUUUACUGUGUUUGAUAUUUUAGAGCCAUCAUUUAAAACGAGGAAGAAAACAACCUGAUUUAACUUCAAAUUUUCUCACAGCUUUAAUCAUCAGCAAAACCUGCAUAAACCAUAAAUAAACGGUUGUAGUAUUGUCCUCUUAGAGCAGUGGGUUUUAGUGUGAGGCAGACUUCUUGCUUUGAAUUAGUAGUGAAAGUGUAAACUUCACUUGGAUCCUUUUCAGUGGUAUCAGGAUUGAGUCAACUGCCAUCUUCAGAUCAUUACAGUAAAGACUGUGCUGCUGUGUUCAUUUUUCAAGAUGCUCAAUCAGCCAGUGAUGGCUUUCUGAGAGAGAGAAUGCUGAAAACAAAAUGUCCUGCAGAGACGUAUGAAGAACCAAUGUCGGUAAAAAGACCACUGUCAAAAAAUAUAAGAUGUCUAAAAGAUUUUAUGAAAGAUCCAGAUAGAGAAGAACCUCUCAUAGGUUUGGAAUAUGUGACAGAGGUUCGAUUUAAAGGGAGAAAAGAACCAUUCUAUGAAUGCCACUUGUGCCAGUUUAAUACAGAAAUGGCACCAAUGAUAGAACAUCUCACUGGUCAAAGGCACAGAAAAACGUAUCUUUUAAAACAUCAUCCAGACAAGGCGAAAAGGGGUGCAAAUAAGGAUAAAGAAGACAAAGUUCGAUUUCUUAGACGGAGAGCAAGAGAAAUAGAGAAGACAGAAGGUUUAAAAAUGUAUAAGCGUGAAGGUUUUGAAAGACCACACAAACCUUCCACAGCAGCAAAGAAGAAAGCAAGGUUUUCCAGUAGUUACAAGCCUGAGAAUGAUCCAGUUCUGAGACAGAAAGCUCUGGAGUAUAUGGAGAAUUUCGAGAUAACAUCAGACAAAGAAGCAACUCAAGUGAUAAGCAUUGCACAGUCCUUGUCAGAAGCUUUGAAGGCCUUUUGUGAAAAGAAAGCAGCACUCAAGCAUAUAAGAAGUCUUCCAUCAUUGCUGCCACCAGGAAUAAAAAUUGUAAAACCACAUAAACCAUUGGCAAGUUGCAAGGAUAAUCCAGCAGACAAUUGCCAAGAAGGACAUCAGUCUAAUGGACUUGCACAGUUAAAGUCCUUUCUACAGCAUGAACCAAGCACGUCACACACCCCUGUGGAUUCAUAUAUUUGCCAAAUGAAAGGAAAAUCCUCUUCACAUGGCAUUUCUUCUAAAGAUCUUGCAACAGUGUCUGCCCUGGAGAGUUCAUUUGCCCUUCAGCAAGGAGGCUUUAGUCAUGGACUCAAUGAGUGGAUGAAACAAUUCAACCAGUCUGCUUCUGAUUACUUACAAUCAACUCCAGCCAAAGAAGAAUCUCCCUAUUUUGCAUCAUCACAAAGCAAAUAUACAGCACAACACUGCCAGGAAGAUAGCAGUCAAUUACCUGAGAAUAAAAUGACAGACAGGAGAGCAAGAAACUGGGAUAGUAGGAGAGCAUCACUAGACUCAAAAGCAUAUUCUGUCACCUCUAAUUCAUACUCUUCUUCAAGAAGUUAUCAAACAGAUAGCCCUUUACAGAAAACACCCCCAUGGUAUCACAACAGGUCUGGGAAAGGUAAUUGUGUGUUUACAUCGUCCUUGUCUUCAGACAGCAGUGGACCUGCUUGGCCACAGCAAUCUGUCUACCAACAGUCAAGCCUUGAAGACAAUAUGGAGCCAUGCCCAUCCAUUUCUGGUGAUAGUUCAUACAGUGAUUACCAGCUACAGAAAGCACAGCUAAAUAACAUAUUGAGUGGAAGUAGUAAAGGCUUUUCUGAUGACAUUCUGAGUCAGCUUCGAGGAAAGGAUGCAGCUACAUUGACAAGAAUGCUUCAGCGGCUACUUCCUUUUUAUCCAGAUCUUCAAAAAAUUAAUAUUCGUGCAUUAGCUCAAGCUUUGAGUGAAAUAAAUUAAGAAUGACUUGGAAGCCAACAGCUUUACCAUACCAGGAAGCUACUCAGUAAAAGUACAUCUUGCUUCUAAAGACUACCUACCCAAACAUAGUUUGUACAGCAUUUGAAAAGUAUUGUAGAGGUAAAUAUACUACAAUGUUUAGAAUUUCUGAAAUGUAUCAGAAGCAUUGUGAACAUUAAUUUUUGUUGUAUGAUAAUAUUAUAUCACAUUCCUUGAGGCUUCAACACUUGUUAUUUCUAUUAAACACAGUUCACUUAA